AUGACGAACAUAAUCAGUUACUGCAUCUUCCGUCAUAAUGCCUUUCGAUUUCAGCUGUCGAAAAUUUCUGGUAAGGCUCUAUUCUCCUCUUCUGCUCGUUUCACUAGCGUCGAUGAUGCCCUAGAUUCAUUUAAUAGUAUGCUCCACGCGAAUCCCAUGCCCUCCAUUGUGAAAUUCGGUCAAUUAUUGACUGCCCUUGUGAAACUGAAAGCCCCUGAGGUUGCGCUUUCCGUGGCCGAACGAAUGGAUUUGGCUGGCAUUCCCUGCAACGAUUACAUACUUAACAUGUUGAUCCAUAGCUACUGCAAAUUGGGUCGCGUGGAUUUCGGGUUUUCGAUCUUAGGCAAAGCUUUUAAACUCGGACUUCAACCAGAUGUGAUUGCUUUCAAUACUCUGAUUGAUGGGCUCUCCAAAAGUGGGAGAAUUCCUGAGGCAGUGGAGUUGUUUAAUAAGAUGGUGGCUUUAGGAUAUAAGCGGGAUGUGGUCACUUAUAACGCGAUUGUAAAUGGGCUGUGCAAGAUGGAAAAAACAGAUGCAGGUCUUAGUUUGCUCAGACAAAUGGAAGCUUUGGGUUGUUGCCCUAGUGUUGCUACAUAUAACACUGUCAUGGAUGCCCUAUGCAAGAAUGGUUUGAUGUCAAAAGCUCUGGAUGUCUUUUCUGAGCUAAAGAAUAAAGGAGUUUCACCAGAUGUUUUCAGCUACAAUUCCUUAAUUCACGGCUUAUGCAUCUCAAGCCAGAGGGCUGAAGCUUUGAGGAUGUUGAUUGAAAUGAUAGAUAGUGACAUCAUGCCUGAUGUAUUCACCUUUAGCAUAUUGGUUGAUGAUUUCUGCAAAAACGGGAUGAUUUUGCAAGCUAAAGCUGUGGUCAACAUGAUGAUUCAGAGAGGAGUACAUCCAAACAUUGCUACGUACAACUCAUUGCUUGAUGGAUAUUGUUUGAGAAGUGAAGUUGGCAACGCUAAAAGGUUAUUUGACUUGAUGUCCAGCCUGGGAUGCAAGCCUAAUGUUCGUACUUACAGCAUCAUGAUCAAUGGAUAUUGUAAAGAUAAAAGGAUCUCCGAAGCCAACCAGUUAUUUUCUGAUAUGCUUGAGAAGGGUUUGACUCCAAAUAAUAUUACAUUUAAUACUCUUAUUGAAGGAUUCUGCCUUGUGGAAAGGCAUCAAGAAGCACAUGAACUUCUCACGAAAAUGGUUGAUCAGGGUCAAGUGCCAGAUGUUGUGACAUAUAGCAUUUUGCUGUCUAACAUGUGCAAACGAGGUUUGGAUAAUCCAUAUCUUGCAAAACUUUUAGAUUCCUCAGAUUUGGGUGACGAGGAGAAGCGGCUAAAGGGUUUAUCAACAGAUACAACUCAAGGAGGAUCAUGUGAUUUAAUGCUUGUAGUUGUGAUGUUGCUAUUCAUGUUAACAAUUAUGGCCAUGGAGUAAUACUAGAAAG